AUGGGAAAGGAAGAGGGGAGGGGAGAUAUUCCCACCACUGAAAGGGUUACCAAGCAGGUGGUGCUUCAUUCAACUGCGAAGGCGAAGGAGGGUGAGCAGGGGAAGGAGUGUGAGAAGGGGAAGGAGUGUGAGAAGGGGAAGGAGUGUGAGAAGGGGAAGGAGUGUGAGAAGGGGAAGGAGUGUGAGAAGGGGAAGGGGGGUAAGGGGAAGGAGGGUGAAAAGGGCAAGGAGUGGGAGGAGGGGAAGGAGAGCGAGAAGGGGAGGGAAUGGGGGAAGGGGAAGGAGGGUGAGAAGGGGAAGGAAGGUGAGAAGGGGAAGGUGGGUGAGAACGGGAAGGAGGGUGGGAAGGAGGGGAAGGAGGGUGGGAAGGAGGGGAAGGAGGGUGGGAAGGAGGGGAAGGAGGGUGGGAAGGAGGGGAAGGAGGGUGGGAAGGAGGGGAAGGAGGGUGGGAAGGAGGGGAAGGAGGGUGGGAAGGAGGGGAAGGAGGGUGGGAAGGAGGGGAAGGAGGGUGGGAAGGAGGGGAAGGAGGGUGGGAAGGAGGGGAAGGAGGGUGGGAAGGAGGGGAAGGAGGGUGGGAAGGAAGGGAAGGAGGGUGGGAAGGAGGGGAAGGAGGGUGGGAAGGAGGGGAAGGAGGGUGAGAAGGAGGGGAAGGAGGGUGGGAAGGAGGGGAAGGAGGGUGGGAAGGAAGGGAAGGAGGGUGGGAAGGAGGGGAAGGAGGGUGGGAAGGAGGGGAAGGAGGGUGAGAAGGAGGGGAAGGAGGGUGAGGAGUCAAGCGAGGCAGCCCAACCACUCUCUACCCCUCCAUUACCUGCCGCACCUAACCAGCCACCCAAACUCCCCGCCAGUUCCCCGCCUGCCUCACCUAGCCAUUCUCCACCACUCUCUACCCCUCCCCUACCUGCCAUCCCACCACAAGCACAACCAGUGCAUGUGGACAGAGAGAGAGAGCACGGGGAGCCGUGGGGCGGAGUGGGGAAGGUUCAGUUCAAACCAGAGAGAGGGAGUGAGAAGGGAGAGGCACAGGAGGGAGUGGGGAAGGUAGGGUGCGAACCAGAGAAAGAGGGUGAGAAGGGAGAAGCACAGGAGGGAGUGGGGAAGGUAGGGUGCGAACCAGAGAAAGAGGGUGAGAAGGGAGAAGCACAGGAGGGAGUGGGGAAGGUAGGGUGCGAACCAGAGAAAGAGGGUGAGAAGGGAGAAGCACAGGAGGGAGUGGGGAAGGUAGGGUGCGAACCAGAGAAAGAGGGUGAGAAGGGAGAAGCACAGGAGGGAGUGGGGAAGGUAGGGUGCGAACCAGAGAAAGAGGGCGAGAAGGGAGAAGCACAGGAGGGAAUGGGGAAGUUGCGUGCAGAGCCAGAGGCAGAGGCAAAGGUGAAGAGGAAGAAGCUGAAGCGGUUGAGUAGCAUACAUGUGACGCAAGGGGGUGGGGAGGAGAAGGAACCGGGUUCAUGCCGAGAAGGGAUUGACGGGAGGGGCGUGGGCAGCAACAGCAGGCGCUCUGGCGCCUCAGGGAGUGAUGGGGAAAGGAAAGGAGCCGUAGAGAUUGGCGGGGUUACUGGGCCUGAUGUGGUUGCCAGGAUUGAUGGGGAAAGAACCGGUGCUAGUGAGAGGGAUGCGUCUGGGGAAGGGAGUGAGAAGGAAGGAGGAUCGGAGUGCGUGGGUGUGCGAGGGAGGGACGACGAGGGAGAGGCGAGACGACGUGGUGAGUUGGAGGGGGGAAGAAGGGGAGGUUUUAAGGUGCGGAGAGAGGGGGAGGAGGAGGAGGGGGAGGAGGAGGAGGGUGAAGGGGAGAGGAUGGGGCGUUUGGAUGAGAAGAGUGGGCGGAGGGAGGAGUGUGUUGGGAGGGAAGGGGAAGGAGUGCGUGAGGGGAGUGAUGGGGGGGAGUUGAAAGGGGAGGGGAGGAAAGGGGAGGAGAGGAAUGGGGAGGAGGAGAUGAAAGGGGAGGAGAGGAAGGAAUGCAGGGCAGCAGAGAGCGGAGGUGAAUGUGUGGUGCAGGGGAGGGAGGCGAGGGCGGUGGGGGAGGAGAGGGAGGAGGGGGAGGAGAGGGAGGCGGGGGAGGAGAGGGAGGAGAGGGAGGAGAGGGAGGAGAGGGAGGAGAGGGAGGUGAUAGCAGCUGUUGCUGACUCGGUGGCUGCUUCUUCUGCUGCUCAUGGUGCUCAUGGUGCUGAUGGUGCUGAUGGUGCUGAUGGUGCUGAUGGUGCUGAUGGUGCUUACACUCGAAUUGGUGCUGCUGAUGGUGGUGGGGUUUGGGAUGCGAAAGGUAAAGAGAGCAGUCAAUUCAAGUUCCAAUCCAGCAGUCAACGAAACAGCGAGGCAGGUCUAGUGCGUGGUGGCAAGAAUGGUGACAUAGGCUUUAAGGAUCGUGGAUGCUUGCAGAGGGAUUGUGCAAUGGAGUGUGAAGGGCGGGACGAUGGGAAGGGAGAGACGAGGGGCGGAGGGGGGGACGAGCAGAGGGACGAGAGGAGGGGAGAUGGGAGGGGUGAAGGAGGGAACGAGGGCAGGGGAAAGGGGAUGGGCGAAGGAAGGAGCGAGGGAAUGGGAGAGGAGAAGGAGGGGGAGAAGAAGAAAGGAAAAGGGGAGGAGGAGGAUAAGGAGGACGAGAAAGAGGAAGUGGAGAAGGGGGAGGAGAAGGGAAAGGAGAAGGAGAAGGAGAAGGAAAAAGAGGAGAAGGAGAAGGAGAAGGAGAAAGGGAAGGGGAAGAAGGAGAAGGGGAAGGGGAUGGAGAAGAGGAAGGAGAAGGAGAAGGGGAAGGAGAAGGGGAAGGAGAAGGAGAAGGGGAAGGGGAAGGGAAAGGAGAAGGAGAAGGGGAAGGGGAAGGAGGAAGAAGGAGCGAGAACGACGAAAGUAGGCCGAGAAAAGUUGCAGGAGAAAGGAAAAGGGAGCUUCCAAGGAGAAGAGAGUGGAGACGUCUCAGAGGGGGAUGAGGAGGAGGGAGGGGAGGAUGUAGUUAUGAUUGAGCCCGCAGGAAGAGGGGGGAGAGGGAGGGGCGGGAGGGGAGGGAGGGGAGGGAGGGGUAGUAGAGGAAGGGGUGUGAAAGUAGACCAGGGGAGGGGGAGUCGUGGUGGUGGCGGGAGGGUGGGUGGAAGGAGGGGAAGGGGGAGGGGGAGGGGGCGAGGAGGGAGAGGAGGGCGAUAUGGGGGAGGGAGUGGGCGUGGGAGGGGAAGGUCGGUGGAGAGGGAGGAGGAGGAAGAGGAGGAGGAGAGUGAGGGGACGAGUGAGGAGAGUGAAGACGAGGAGGAGAUUAGACAGAGGAAGGUUGGGCGUCAGGGGAUGGAGGGGAAGAGGGUGGAAACUGGAGGAGACGACAAGGAGAGUGGGAGAAAGAAAGAGGAGGAGGAAUGUAUGGGAAGGAAGGAGGAAGAGGAGGAGGAGGAGGAGGAGGAGAAGGAAGAUGAUGUGGCACGGAUGGGACGGAAAGAGGAGGAAGGAAAGGACGAUGAAAUGGGAAGCAGGAAUGAGGAGAGGAACGAUGAAAUGGGAAGCAGGAAUGAGGAGAGGAACGAUGAAAUGGGAAGCAGGAAUGAGGAGGAGAACGGAGGGAAGGAGAUGGGGGGUGGGGAGAUGGAAGAGGAAGCUAUGGAGGAAGGAGGAAGGGAGGGUGAGGUCAAAAGAGGUGAUGAUUGUGAUGGUGAUGGUAAAAAAGAGGAAAAGAAGGAAGAGGAUGAAAGUAAGGAAGAGGAGAAUGAAGGGGUGGCGAAUGAUCCUGGUAGGCUCAGAGUAGUACGAGAGCUCAAGGGAUUCGCAGGCAAGCAGGACGUGGGACCGGGAGGAGAGAAGCUUGGGUUUGUCCCGUAUGUCUCGAUGGGUAUCAGCCCUCUGGCGCUGCAGGGAGAGACUGUGCGCAAGAUUCAUCGAAUGCGGACGCCGCGUCCGUCCUUUGUGAAGUUUGUCACCCGCCACGUCAUCGCGACCGCGGAUAAGGGCCUGGAUCUGCCCGGGCCGUUUGUGAAGCGCCACCUGGCGGGGUCCGAUCGGAUGGCUGUGAUUGGCCCGGGCGGGCGGCGGUGGGAUAUGCGGUGGGGGGUGUACUCGAAGGGAGUGCCAGUGUAUAGGCUGAAGGACGGGUGGGGGGGGCUGGCUGGGACGCUCGAGUUACAGGAGGGAGAGGCAUUGGUUUUUGAGGUGGAAAAGCCGAAUUUGCUGCGGCUGCAUCUGGUGAAGUUUGGGCAAGAUGUGGUGCUGAAUACGAGUCCCAUGGUGGUGCCACGUAUGAGGGAAGUGGCGAAUGCAGGUGAAGCUGCUGGUGCUGCUGCUGGUGGUGCUGCUGCUGGUGCUGCUGGUGGCAGUGGUGAUGCGGCUCUAGCAGAUGAUGCUGCCGAUGAGAACGGAAAGGGGCUGGUGGGUGGAAGAGGUGGCUUCGGGGCGAAAGAGAUGGGGGUUAAUGCGAGGAGUGAGCUGGCAGCGGGAGAGGGGAAGGAGAUGGGGAUGAUUGGGAGGAAGAAGAGGAGGAGGAAGCUGCUGGGGAAGGCAGGAGGUUUUGCACAUGGUCACAAAGGGGAGGUGGAGGAAGAGGAGGGGGAGGAGGGGAGUGAGGGGAAGGAAAGGCAUGAGGAGGAGGAAGAUGGGGGUGAGGAGGGGGGAGAGGAAACGGGGUGGAAGGAUGGGUUGAGGCAUGAGAGGAAGAAGGAGAGGGAGAAUGAGAGGGAGGAUGAGAGGGCGGGAGUGGGGGUAGGAGAACGGAUGGGGAGUGCUGCAGAGACGGUGACAAGCAAAGGGGAAAAGAGAUUCAAGAUGAGCAGUGUUAAAGUGGGAGUGAAAAAGAAGAGACAAAAGGCACUGGGACAAGGCACAGGGGUGCCAGUCACACCUGCUCCGGGUGUCCCUCCUUCCCCAACCACUGCUGCUUCUCGCCCUGCAACCACCGCCCAUGGGAUUCCGCCCUCUCCUCUCGGGCCUCCAUCAUCCAAACCUGUCUCUGCUGCACCUGCUCCUGCUCCUGCUGCUCCCUCUCUUUCUCCUGCUCCUCCCGCUGCCCCCACUGUGUGUGCCGCGCCUCAUCCUCCCUUGAAGGGGCGAGUGCGUGUGGCGCCACCAGGGGGGUGGAAGGUGGCUCGCCUCGUGCCCUCCACUCGAGCCACUCGCCCCGUGCCCUCCCCUGCUGCUCGUGCUGCUGCUGCUGCUGGUGCUGCUGGUGCUGCUCCUGCCCCUGCUGCUGCCAGUGGUGCAACUUCAGCAGCAGCAGGCGCAGGAGCAGCAGCAACGAGAACUGAAGCAGCAGCAGCAGCAGCAGCAGCAGGAGCAGCAAGAGCAAUAGGGGCAACUGAGGAUGGGAUCAUGAAAGGGCAGGACAGCGGCACGGGCGACCCGUACCUGGCCACGCUGCUGUGGGUGCAGCGAGUGUGGGCCGAGCACCAAGCAGCUUUGGUCCGAGCAAUGGAAGAGCAGGAGGAGCAGCAGGAGGAAGAGGAUGCGAAAGAGGCGGAAGUGAAGGCGAAAGAAAAGGCGGAAGAGGAGGUGAAGGCCGAGGGGGUGGUGGAGGGAGAGGAAACGGGGGAAAAGGAGGCAAAGGGAGGUUUGGAGAGGGGGAGAGAGGGGGGAGGAAAUGGGGAAGGGCGGGAUGAGGGGUGUGCGGAUAAGGGGGAUGAUGAGAAGGAGGGGGACGGGGGAAGGAAAAGGCAGCGGAGGGAGGAUGAGGUGGAGACAGACGGGCCGGAGAAGAGAGGAACGUCACAGCAGGAAGGGAAGCAGGCAGGGAAGAAGGCAGGGAAGGUGCCAGGGAAGCUUCCAGGGAAGCAGGGGGCAAAGGCAGCGGGAGGGAAAGGGGUGGGAGCUAAGAAAGGAGGGGCAAAGGCAGGAGGGAGCAGCAAGCAGGCAGCAGUGGGCAUCGAUAAUGCACCCGCAGUGGCAAUUGUUUCCCCUCAGGUGAACCGAGCUCCCAGUCCCUCUGCUGCUGCGGCUCCAGGCGUCACUCUCAAAGCCCCUGGCAAGUACCAGGCGCGCAUGCUGGCGCGGGAUGGGACACGUCAGCGCCACGUAGGAUUCUAUGCCACCGCGGAGGAGGCUGCGCUGGCGUAUGACGUGGCAGUGCUGCGCGUGCACGGCGCGCAGGCGAAGCUGAACUUUCCGGCGGAUGAGCGGGGAGGGGAGGAGGCGUCGGGCGGGGGGGGUGGUGAUGUGGCAGGUGCGGCGCCAGUCAGUCGCAAGGUGCCCCCUCAGGUGCCAGCUGGCCAGGUGUUUUCUGAGGUGCAGGUGGGGAGUGAGGGAGGUGUGGUUGGGGUGAGGGUGGUGGGUGAGGAGCUUGAAGGGAGUGCAACGGAGAUGGUUGGGAUGGUGGUUGGGGAGGUGACUAUAACGGGGGCAAUGGGGGCAGUGGGGGCAGUGGGGGUAGUAGGGGAGGUGAGGACAGAGGACGGAAAAGAGGGACAGGAGCAGGGAGAGGUUGCUACAGCCCGAGCUGCCAGGUGUCAGCAGAUGAUUGGGCCAGAGAGGGACACUGUGAAGAGCGGCGGGAGGGGUGAGAUGAUGGGAGGGUCUGGGCAGGUGGAGAGCGGUGGGGAUGGGAGUGGGAGGGCUGAGAGCGGUGGUGCUGUGGACAGUGCGGUGCAGGGGGAUGGAGGGAGGUGUAGGGGCGAUGCUGGUGGUGUGGGUGGGUUGAAUAAGGGCGGUGCUCAAGGGUGUGAGAGCAGUGGUGGUGGUGGUGCUGCUGGUGGGGAUGGUGGGGAGGUUGGGAGGGGUGGAGGGUGGUUGAGGGGCUUGGAUUUGAAUGAAGAGUGUGAGGAUGCUGUUAGGGAGGCUCGGAAAGAGGGAGGGGGUGCUGGGGUGGGAGACAAAGCAGGCCCUGUGGGCUCUGCACUCGCUGCCUCUGAGGGGGGAGCAACAGCACAAGCAGCAGCGGGGUCAGCGGGAGCAGCAGGGGGGGAGGCAGCGGCAAGGGGAGCAGCGGCAAGGGGGGCAGCAGGAGCAAGCGAGGUUGCGCGAGGCACCCCACCUUCCAUCCACCCUCCCUCCUCCACCACCGCCACCUCUGCCCCCGCCGCCCCUGUCACAGCUCGCCCUCUCCCUCCCACCAGCCCCUCCCCUCCCCCCACGCCCCCUGCCUUCUCCCCAGCAGCUGCCAACGCAGGGCCAUCUUUCGUCUACGCCAGCCUGCUCUCCCCACCCGCAUGCGGCCAGGUUCAGAGCACAGGGUGCCUGGCGUCCCACCCUGCCUCUACCCUGUUAGCAGCAGCUUCCGGACCUACGUCUCAGGUGGCGCCCCCUCCCGAACCUACGGCUCGGGUGACAGUUCCUUCCGGACCUAUCUCGCAGGAAUACCUGGGGCAAGACCCCUUGGCUCGGAACUAUUCACAUCUGCGGGGUCCUUUGGCUCGGGAGGGGCCCCGCCCGUCUGAACCUGCGGCCUGGCAGCAGGAAGAGUGGGGUAGAGGUAGGAGGGGGGGUCUGGCAGACCUGAAUGCUGCUGCUGCCGAUCCUGCAGAGACUGGAGAGAGUGGGAGCAGCAGGGGUGAGAGCACAAGGGGUGGUGGUGGUGGUGGCUUCAGCAACGGGGCAUUGGGGCAGGGAAGUGGGUUCAGACAGGGGAGAGGCGAGCAGGGGCAGCGGGAACAGGGGGGGCAGAGGGAGCAGAGGGGGCAGGGGGGGCAGAAGGGGCAGACGACGCAGCGACUGCAGGGGCUGCACAUUCAGCAGAGGCAGCAGGGGUUUCAGGGAGUGGGAUUUCCUGGGGCACAGGGGGAAUGUGGUGGGAGGCAGAGAGAGGGCGCAGGUGGUGCGACGAGGGAGUGGGCAGGGGGUCGAGUCAGGGGUGGUGCCCCUACAGGGAGGGAAGAGAGAGAAGUGGGAGCGGUGCCGCAGGGAGGGACGGCUGGUGGGUGGCCGAGGGAGCAAGCGGGUGCGCAGGCAACUCCCAUCCUCUCCGAACCUCCCCUCUCCACCGAUCCUCACCUCACCUCCAAACCUCCCCGCUCUUCCGAUCCUCCCCUCCCCUCCGAACCUCUCGCCCUCCCCAAACUUCAACUCUCCUCCAAUCAUUCGCACUCCAGCAAAUCUCCCUUCUCCUAA